AUGCUUGUCCAGAACUGCGGAAAGAGAAUUAAUUGGCAAACAAUUUCAUUUGAUAUGGAAGGACGUACUCCAAGACAGUGCAGAGAACGUUACACCAAUUAUUUAGCUCCCAACAUCGAAAGAUCAGACUUUUCACCACAAGAGGAUAAAAUUAUUUUAUCACAGUAUGAGAUAUUGGGCAGCAAAUGGAGAAAAAUGUCCGAAUUUCUACCUGGAAGAACUGCCAAUUCCAUCAGAAAUAGAUAUUUCCAUCUUAUAAAGAAGCAAACUUCUGGACAUAAUAGAAUAGAAAGCUCAACAGAUAAUGAAGUAGAUGUAACCUCUGAGGUUGCCUCUCCUUUGUUAUUUAAUAUUACCCCUUCUAUCUUUGAUAUCCCUACUGAUAGCAUUUUCUUCGAAAAUGUUUUAUCCUCAAAUACUUUCUAA